ACAAACACACACUCUGUCUCUGCCUUUGCCUUAUCCCCUAAAUAUCUCCUCCUUCUUCCUCCAAAACCCUCCCAAACACCGCCCCUUCAUUUCCCAUUGGCCCAAACACGGCCUUAUCCUCUUCCUUCUCUCAGAACUUUCAUCGAGCAGUUGGUGCUCAAACUAGAAGGAUAAGAAAAAAAUGGCUUCCAUAAUCGGCGUUUCGUCCAUUUACCAGACGCCCAGUCUCGAGCCUUACAGAAGAGUCGCGGCGGCGACUUCUUCGCCGUCGUCUCUGCCUUUUCCCGAUAAGUCCCACUUCAACAGCGUUCUGAGGGCGUAUAACUGUAAGAGUGGUUCUUCUUCUAGGCUGGUUGCUUCCGCCAUUGCGACCCCCAAUUCGGUGCUUAGCGAGGAGGCUUUCAAGGGCCUAGGAGACUUCUCGAAGGACUCUUUUAGUGGUGAUGAAGAGGACGACUAUGAGUCCGAGGAAGGCGAGCCCGGCGAAGCUUCUGUUGACGACGAUGAGCUCGCGAUUUCGAAGCUGGGUUUGCCUCAGAGACUUGUUGAUUCCUUGGAGAAACGGGGGAUUACGCACCUUUUCCCUAUCCAAAGAGCUGUACUAGUCCCAGCACUAGAAGGUCGAGACCUCAUUGCUCGCGCAAAGACUGGAACUGGAAAGACACUUGCCUUUGGGAUCCCAAUAAUUAAGCGCCUGACUGAAGACGAUGAACAGAGAGGUUCUAGGAGGCGGUCUAGUCGUCUUCCUAAAGGUUUGGUCCUUGCACCCACCCGUGAGUUAGCAAAGCAAGUAGAAAAGGAGAUCAAAGAAUCUGCACCUCAUUUAAACACUGUCUGUGUGUACGGAGGCGUUUCUUAUAUUACACAACAGAAUGCUCUUUCCCGUGGAGUUGAUGUGGUUGUUGGAACUCCUGGUCGGUUAAUUGAUCUGAUAAAUGGUGGUAGCCUCCAGCUGGGGGAAGUUCAAUAUUUGGUUCUUGAUGAAGCUGAUCAAAUGCUUGCGGUUGGUUUUGAGGAGGAUGUAGAAGUAAUCUUAGAAAAGCUUCCAUCUGAGAGACAAAGUAUGCUUUUCUCUGCAACUAUGCCUAGUUGGGUGAAAAAACUAGCGCGGAAAUAUUUGGACAAUCCUUUGACUAUUGAUCUGGUUGGUGAGCGAGAUGAAAAACUUGCUGAGGGAAUCAAACUUUAUGCCAUAUCAACUACGGCAACAUCAAAGCGGACUAUUCUUAGUGAUCUUGUAACGGUUUAUGCAAAAGGUGGGAAGACCAUAGUUUUUACACAAACUAAACGAGAUGCUGAUGAAGUCUCAAUGGCAUUAACAAAUAGCAUAGCUUCUGAGGCAUUGCAUGGAGAUAUAUCCCAGCAUCAGAGAGAGAGAACAUUAAAUGGUUUCAGGCAAGGGAAAUUCACUGUGCUUGUUGCCACUGAUGUUGCAGCCCGAGGGCUUGAUAUUCCUAAUGUCGAUUUGGUUAUCCACUAUGAACUUCCCAAUGAUCCAGAAACCUUUGUGCAUCGAUCCGGUCGUACUGGACGUGCUGGAAAAGAAGGAACUGCUAUUUUGAUGUUCACUAGUAGCCAGAGAAGAACAGUCAGAUCACUCGAGCGCGAUGUUGGGUGCAAAUUUGAGUUUGUUAGUCCACCUUCCAUUGAAGAGGUUCUGGAGUCAUCUGCUGAACAUGUGGUUGCCACUCUUAGUGGAGUUCAUGCUGAAUCGGUUGAGUUUUUCACCCCAACUGCCCAAAAACUGAUCGAGGAACAAGGCACAAGUGCUCUUGCUGCUGCACUUGCUCAAUUGAGUGGUUUUGCUCGGCCUCCAUCAUCCAGGUCUCUUAUCAACCAUGAGCAGGGUUUGGUUACAUUGCAAUUGAUUCGAGAUCCAGCUUUUUCCAGAGGAUUCCUGUCAGCUAGAUCUGUCACUGGGUUUCUUUCAGAUGUUUAUUCUGCAGCGGCUGAUGAACUUGGAAAAGUUUAUUUAGUUGCGGAUGAAAGGGUUCAAUCAGCAGUUUUUGAUCUUCCAGAGGAGAUUGCAAAAGAGUUGCUGAAUAGGGAACUACCUUCCGGGAACACUAUUUCCAAGAUCACCAAGUUGCCACCUUUGCAAGAUGAUGGGCCCGCUAGUGACUACUAUGGUAGGUUUUCUAGCAGAGAGCACGGUGGAGACCGAGGUAGCCGACGGGGUUCUAGGGGUCGUGGAGGUUUCAGAGGCUCCAGAGGUCGGGGCGGUGGCUUCUCUGAUGAUGAAGAUGAUGUAUUUAGGAGUAGCGGUCGAAGUAGCAGAAAACCUAACAAUAGCUGGUCUCGGGGUUCUAGAAGCUCCAGUGAUGAUUGGCUAAUUGGAGGUAGAAAAUCUACCCCUAGAAGCUCCAGCGAUGAUUGGCUAAUUGGAGGUAGAAAAUCUGGCAGUAGUUGGUCUCAGGGUUCAAGCAGGUCUUCAUCCAGGGACAGAAGUUUCGGAGGUUCGUGUUUCAACUGCGGGAGAUCUGGGCACAGGGCAUCGGAAUGCCCCGACAAGAUAGGUUUUUAAGACAAACAAGCGCCAUAAAAAGGGGUGCUCUGACUUUUGAGUUGUGGAGGACAUAAGGUCUCAGUUUUCUUGGCCUCAGUGGGUCAGAGGCUGCUGUUGAGCAUUGGUUUGUUGGAAUUCCAGGUUGUGCAGCUCAACGACUCAAGAGAUGCUUCUCCAUACAGUUAUAGGAGUUAAAUUUGAACUGAAAUAUUCUCUUCUAGCUUCCUAUAUAUGUUUUCUUUGACAUUUAAUUUUAAAAUCGAUUGCCCAUUUUGAUGUAAUAUUUAGUUAGUGCUAAGGUUUCUUGAGAAUACUGGUUUGGUGUUUGGCAUUUUCAGCAUAUCUACGUCUAUUGUCUUCCAAAUGUAUUCCUUCAUGGUCUAUUUGGAUUUCCACAAA